GCACACAAACACGGCCUUGCUUACCUCUUAAGAGCACAAUAGCUGACUGAUUAUGUCUGUUAUUAUGGAGACCGAUGAGCGAACCCCGCACGGGUCAGAAACCUUUGAUGUAGACGGUGAGUACAUGUAUGUGGUAAAGGUGCCCCCACAACUAUGGAGACUAAGCAGGCGACGCACGGGCUCGGGCACCUGGCGCCUCAAUCGGAUCAAAAGGUGAGGAGAAUAUCGAGAAUAUAGAAGAAAAUGAAGAAACUAUUCAGAAUAUUUCAUUGGAAAACAACGAUAUAGUUCAGGAGACAUUUACUGAAAAUGAAGAGGAACAGGUCCCUGAUGAAGACUCCGGUGGAGGGGGUGAUACCACGAGGGGUGAUGGAGAUAAGAUGGAAGAGGAGGAAAAGUUGCAGUCAAUCACAAAAGAAGACGUUGAACAGAAAGAACAAAAAAACGCUUCAGUUGGUUCGGUUUUGGAAGUGUCUAAGAAGAGUCCUGAAAUACUAUCAGAUGAUGGCCACCAAUCCUUUGGGAAAGGCACAACUCCAAAUUCUGAAAAGCCAGAUGCAAGGUCAAGUGAUAGUAUGUCUUCAGGAUUUUGUAUUGUAACCGAGAUUUUGGAGGACAUUCUGGACAACGUAAUUCAGAUAAAAGAACAAGAAGAUGUAGGAAAUUUACAGCAGUAUGAAGACAGAAAACCAUCAAGCAUUACAACCAUUAAAAGUGUGGACGUACAGGGGAGUGUUGACAUAGAUCCAGAUUUCCAAGCCCAGCUUGCUGCAGAACAAGAAGCAGCUGCAUUAAAGAGACAGCAAGUCUACCAAGAAAAUAUAUUAUUGUACCACAGUCUAGUAGCAUCCAGAACAAACCUUAAGCGAAGAAAUACAUUCUUAAUCAAGCAGAUGUAUGAACACUACAAAAGAAAAAAGAUAGAACAUCUUUUCAAAGAAAUGCCAAUAGCUAAUGUAGAUAUGGAAGGGAAAUAUGUUAAGGCAUUGCUGGCUUAUGAGGAGGCUCAAAAAUAUGCUAGCGAUGAGGAAUCAAAAAUGCAUAAGCUAGUCUCUACUCUUGAAGAAAAGAAAAAUGCAGUAGAAUCAAACCUUGAAAUUGAGUGGAAUAAUUUGUUAAAUAAGGAAAGAGAGGUAGCCAAGGGGCUACUUAUUACCCAAACAACCAAGCACUUAUCAGGCAAAAACAUUGAAGAUUUUAUUCAAAAACAAAUAGGUAAAUCAAAAGAGCUCGCAAGAGAAAGGCUUGUCUACUUUAAAUUGAGAAAUGCUGCAGCAGCAGAUGAGAAUCAUUUGAAGUCUCUAGAAAAUCUUGGUGACAAUUUAACACUAAUGGAAUAUGAGCAACUAAAAAUGCACAGUCAAAGUUGUGUCGAGAGAUUGGAAGAGAGAGAUGCUGAAUUACAUCGGCUUCGCAGUAAAGCUACGUCAGCUAUUCACAUUCUUGCUGAAAUCCGUGAAAAAACACACACUUUACUUGAAGACAUAGAGACCAGCAAAGUUCAUCUCCAUGACAUCAACCAGGAGCUCAACAGGAAUAGAGAGAGAGUGGGCUGUGAAAAAAAGAGGAGGGAUAUGAGCAGAAGUGAUACUAUUCGUCUGCGCCAAGAGGCAGGUCUACUUUCAGAACCAAAACUACUACAGGACUAUAAAGAUUCAUUGUCACAAAAGGAAAUAUUACUGAAGCAACUGCUGGACUGGAAAAGUAGAUUUGAAUCUCAAAAGCAAAACAUUUUAAGUUUGAGAAGAGAGUUAGCAGUGCUUCAAAAGAAGGAUGUUAAGGCUGAAAGAAUGAAGAUGGAAUCACUGUGAAUCACUGCCACACAGCAGUAUAUUAGAAGAAA